UAGUUGAAUCUCAAAGUCUGUGGUGACAACACCUAAAGAAACUAAAAAGUGUCAAUUUUCUCUGUUUGCAAAAAUUGUAAUUAAAGUUACUGUGCUUUUCCUUUCAAUAUUUGCACACCGAUUCUGGUUGUGUUUUAAUGAAUUUUCUGUUUUCUGAAGCUUAAGUCUGAGCUGCAAUGAUCUCGCCGGAACAAGAGGAGGUCAACAUGGUCCUGGAUCGCCAUGUACGGCAGAACAUAAAGGACCUGAUGCACGAGGCUCAUGUCCAUGCGAGCCUGCUGAACAACGAGGGACGUGACCGUUUCCACUCGGACUCCAGUUUGGACCAGGAUUCCCUUCACGCCGUCGUUGGGAAUGAUCUGAGCACCGAACAAGGCGCCAACCAGGUGCAAAACUACCACGACAUGAUGGUGGACAGUGAACACCACGUCGACAUUAAUGGGUCGCUGCGCAAACGUCGCGGAAAUCUGCCCAAGUCAUCUGUAAAGAUUUUAAAGCGUUGGCUUUAUGAGCACCGCUAUAACGCCUAUCCGAGCGAUGCGGAGAAGUUCACCCUGUCCCAGGAGGCCAAUCUGACGGUGCUCCAAGUGUGCAACUGGUUCAUCAAUGCCCGUCGCCGCAUUCUACCCGAGAUGAUCAGGCGCGAGGGCAACGAUCCUCUGCACUUCACCAUAUCGCGACGUGGCAAAAAGGUCGUUGGCGCUACAGAGGAGGUGGAUGGCGCCGGUGAGAUUCACGAGGGCAUCGCCAAUGUGCUGACCAACUUUGAACAGUAUGUGCAGGGCCCCAACGGACAAAUGGUCAAGAUGGAGCCGGAGUACGAGGACAGUGUCAUCUACAGCUGGCAGCAGGCCAUUGCAAACAACCCGAUGGGCUUUCAAAGUCUUCACUCCUCGCUUCAAGCAACCAUGAUCGAUAAAAUUAAAAACUAUCAGAUGCGCAAGGCUGCCGCCAUUGGGGGUUCGGCGGUUGGCUCUGGUGGUGCUGGUGGGUCGAGCUCCAACUCCAGUCCUGCCACAUCCAUACUGCCAUACAGCCUUUUUGGCCAGCUGCCGCCAGAGUUCGAUGACGAAGAAAAGCCAAGACCUCCGAAGCGCGUAAGAACGCGGACGGUUGCUGCAAAGAGUCCUAGGGAGAAUGCCAAGCAAGCAAAGCAGAAGACUGGGAAUAAGCAAGAAACCAUGUACUGCUAUAAGGAUUCAUACGGCGGAAUCGUGGUGUCUCCUAGGUCCGAAGGCGAAGAGAGUGCACAGGGAUACGAGUCCUGUGGGCCGAACAGCGAGGAGGAAGUACGCUUCGAGACCUCCCAUGAUUGGCAGAGCGUUAUAAAAACUGUAUUUGGGACUGAGGAAGUCAGCACUUCGGCUGGCAAUAAUCCAGGUACCUCUGGUUCUAAGGCAUCUGUUCAGAAUACCGCCAUCUGGAAUCGCAAUCAGACUGCGAAGCGUGACGUGAAUCAACAGUUGACAGACUUUGAAAGCGAGCUGAAUAUAAUACAGGCCUCAGAAAUCCAGACAAUCGAUCCUACCAACUCCAAUCAACAGGACAUUGGUGACAAUCUACAGGCGGACGAGGUGUUUACCGGUGCCGAAGCAGAAGCUGGCCAGAGUCAAUUAUCUGCUCUAUCGCAGGGCACCAGUUCAGAUGAGGAGGGCAAGUACAAGUGUCUCUAUUAUCUAGUGGAAACUGCCAUGGCUGUGCGCCAAAACGAUGACGUCCAGGAUGACGAUUUCGUUUACAUGGGAGACUAGAGCCUCAAACCAAAUACCCACGCAACAGAUCCAGACUUCUCAAAGUGCCGAAGCGUGUAUAUACAAAUAUGUAUAUAUAUAUAUAUAUAUAUAUAUAUAUAUAUAUAUAUAUAUAUAUUUAAGUAAUUUAAUCCAACAGCACUAGACCCAUAAAUUUGUCUCUAACCCAUGUUAUUGUGUUAAUUAGGUAAGGUUAGUAACAUAAUGUACAAAGCAAUCAAUUCGCAAUGCGACCGCCCAAAUACCUUUUCCACCAAGUCAAUUCAGAAACAAAUCGACUUAGUUUUGGACCUGCCUCUUUUAAACUUAACAUUGUGUACACUACUGAUACUUAAAUAAAACAAAAACAAGCAUUUGAAAUACACAUUGCCAU